UAUAUGCCAUUUAUAAAUUGAAUUCAGUAAGCACUAAGCAUGCAAAAUAAACUUUUUUAUAUUUCAUGCCUCAUAAUAUGGAAGUCUAAUGACCAACGUCGUUAAAAACCGGCUUUCUUUCUGUCAGUGUUCGUUGAAGAAUUUUGCUCGUAUUCGUUGUGAUAGUUAAUUGUGUGUUUUGCUAGUCAUAGAAAAGUUUUUUCUUGUGUUAAAAAUGUCUACGGAAAUUAAUAACCGGACAGCAUUACUUCAUAAUCAAAGAAAUGUUCCAGAGUCGACACCACAACGACCGGCAAUGGAGAGCGGCGGAACAACAGGCGCGCUGCUGUACGCAGUGGUGGCUGCCGUGCUUGGCAUGCUGCAGUUCGGCUUCAACACCGGCGUCAUCAAUGCUCCCAAACAGUUCAUCGAGAACUUCAUAAAGGAACAGUACGACGCCAGCCCAGACCUCAUAUUCGGUGUCAUCGUCAGUAUCUUUGCGGUUGGCGGUAUGAUAGGCUGCCCACUCGCCAGCUGGGUUGCCGAUAAACGUGGCCGCAAAUUCGCUCUACAAGCUAACGCCAUUUUCGGAGUCAUCGGCGCCCUCCUGAUGGGUUUCAGCAAAAUGGCCUCAUCAGUUGAAAUGCUAAUUAUAGGCAGAUUUUUGAUUGGUAUCAACUGUGGCUUUGCCACUACCGCCUCCCCGACUUACGUCUCGGAGGUAUCGCCUUUGAAGCUCCGAGGUGCGUUCGGAACUGUUAAUCAAUUGGCGGUCGCGUUUGGUCUUGUCGGAGCACAGAUUUUGGGGAUCGACGUUAUUUUGGGGAGUAACGACGGAUGGCCACUGUUGCUUGGGUUAGCGGUGUUCUUGUCCGCUAUUCAAUGCGUCAUGUUACCAUUUGCACCGGAAUCCCCUCGGUACGUGUUGCUGGUGCAAAGGAAUGAGGAGCAAGCGAGGGCGCUUCUUGCUAAGAUCAGAGGAACUGGGAACAUCGAUGAUGAAAUCAACGAAAUGCACGAAGAGGACAGGGCUGCGAAACGAGAAGAGAAAUUCAGUAUUGGAGAUUUGUUCAGGAUUAAAGCUCUGCGAACUCCUCUUAUAAUUGGAAUCGUUAUGCAUUUAUCUCAACAAUUAGGUGGGAUAAACGCAGUGUUAUAUUAUUCCUCCACCAUAUUCGAGAACGCCGGUUUAACUGUUGAAAAUGCUAGAUUAGCUACUAUUGGUGUUGGAAGUAUUUUGUUUGUAAUGGCGCUUGUGUCUAUUCCGUUGAUGGACCGUUUGGGCAGGCGUACAUUGCAGCUGUGGGGUCUUGGUGGAAUGGCAUUGGCUUCAGUUCUUAUGACCAUUGCUUUCUAUACGUACAAAGACAACUUUACUAUGAGUAUAUUUGCUGUUAUUUUCACAUUGUUUUACGUCGCUUUCUUCGGCGUCGGUCCCAGCUCUAUCCCUUGGAUUAUUCUUUCGGAAUUAUUCGGCCAAGGUGCAAGGAGCGCUGCGGUCAGUGUUGGCGCUGCUGUUAAUUGGUUUGCGAAUUUUAUAGUUGGUCUCGUUUUCAUUCCAAUGACCAACUUAUUGGGCAAUCUCGUGUUCUUGCCUUUCACGAUACUUCUGAUCUUUUUCUACGUGUUCGUUUAUUUCAAACUACCGGAGACGAAGAAUAAAACUAUUGAGGAAGUCACGGCUGUUUUUAAGAAAUAGUUAAAGUUAAACAUUCCUUUUUGUUGUAAGUUGCAAUAACUUUACCACUUGUGAUACUUGUCGAUAUUGAGUGCGAUGACGGAUAACUUUAAGGGUUAUGUGAUUAUUGGUUACUAAUGUUCGUGUUUGGCAUCUUCGUUGUUAAUACUGACUGGAUUCCAUUCUUGGUUGUCGCAAUCUUGCCGAAUAAUACAAACGUUUCGAAAUGUAUGUGAAUUGUUAAGAUGUUGACAACCUGAGGAUUACGAACAAAAGCUUUGAUUUAAAACUAUACCAAUUACGUCGAAUCGCAGAAUAUUAGGAAGACUGACGCCUUAUUUAUUUCUAAACUACAAGAUAUUAUUAAAGUACUUAUUCCAGUAAAUUUAACGUAAAAUAUUUGGCAUUUUUAUGUA